AUGAGAAAGCCGUUACUUGCAGUAUUCUUUGCAAUUGCAGGAGUUUUUUGUCAAAAUGCGGAUGAGUACAAAAUACAGUCUUUGCCUGGUAUUGAUAUCACCACACUAAAGUUUUCGCAAUACGCUGGACAUAUCGAGCUGUCCAAGAAGAGUAACUCAAACAUCUUCUUUUGGAUGGUGGAACAAGAAGAAAAGACAGAUCCUCAGAAACUUAUUAUAUGGCUUAAUGGUGGACCUGGGUGUUCAAGUAUGGAUGGUCUAUUUUUGGAAAACGGUCCUUUUAGAGUCAAGAAGGAUUUAUCACUAAGCAUCAAUAAAGGUGGAUGGCAAAAGUAUGCUACCAACAUAUACGUGGACCAGCCUGUCGGAACAGGUUACAGUUUUGCAGACUGGGAUAGCUACAUGCAUAAUAUGACGCAGAUCACUGAAGAGUUUGUCCAGUUUAUGGAUAAACUAUAUGAGAUAUUCCCAAAACUCCGUCAGCAAGACUUGUAUAUCGCUGGUGAAAGCUUUGCUGGCUCAUAUAUUCCUUAUUUUGCAAAUCGUAUAUUAAAGUUAAAUAGAGAAAGAGAUCAACCGUUUAAGCUGAAAGGAAUCGCUAUUGGAAAUGGUUGGAUAUCUGCAAAACAUCAAUAUAGCGCUUAUUAUGAUUUUAGUAUACAGCAUGGCCUCGUGUCGGACAAUCGUAUGGAUUUGAUAGAAUCACAUUUCAAAGAAUGUCAACGAGAUAUUGCCAAGAAAGAAACCAUACAUAUUUCCUCUUGCGAAAAAGUGCUGACAGACGUGACAGACAGCAAUAUUCGAGAGAACAAGGAUAUGAAGAAGGUCUGUCUGAAUGUGUAUGACAUACGAAUGAAAGACGAGCCCUAUCCAGAAUGUGGAUUGAGCUGGCCAUAUGAGCUUGCAGAUGUCACCCGAUACCUGAGACUUGAUGAAGUUAAACGAGCUAUUCAUGCAGAGAAGCAAUCAUUGGGCUGGAAAGAAUGUACAUCGCUUGUUUCAAUAGAACUUAAUGGGGAUGAGAGCAGCUCAUCUUAUUAUUUACUACCUGAUAUUCUGGAAGAAAUUCCUGUGCUAUUAUACAACGGGGAGUAUGACCUAGUAUGUAAUACAUUGGGUAUCGAGUACUUAAUUGGUAACAUGACCUGGAAUGGGUCAAAGGGAUUUAAGAAAGGAACCAAAAAGGAAGAAUGGAAGGUGAAUGAUAAGCUUGCCGGAUAUGUCACCCGGGAUCGUAAUUUGACUUAUGUGAUGAUCAAAGACGGUAGUCACAUGGUUCCAUAUGAUAAACCCACAGAAUGCCUUGAUAUGAUCAAUCGCUUUAUUCAAGUUGAGCAUAGCCAAGCAGAUAAUAAAGGAAAGGAGAAGCCAUCAGAUAAAGAAGAAGAAGAAGAGGAGAAGGAGGACAAGCCAUCAGAUAAAGAUACAAAACAAGAGGACAAGGAACAAGCAAUUGAACAAGAACCAACAAAUGGACGGUCUAAAUACUAUAACUGGGGCACAGGGGUAUUUGUCGUUGUUCUAUUUGUAGCUCUUGCUUUAUGCUGUUGGUGCUUCGGAAGCAGACGACCUUCCCCAACUGCCAAAUUCGGCGGAGCUCCCCAACGUGAACGUGAAGGGGUUCGCAAGCAAGGCGUGAUGGGCUAUUUGAAGAACUUAGUCAGUCGCAAAACGAACAAUCGAAAGAUAUUACGUUUAGGUGACCAAGACGAAACGAAUGAGCUGGAUGAAUUAGUGGUUGAGACACCUACUCUCUUUGAAGCUGAAGAAAACUUUGAAGAAUCACAGCCUGGGCCUGAAGGAAACAAACCAUCAGACCAUCAUCAUUUUACGAUUGAUGAUGAACAUGAUGACGAAGAAGAAAGUGAUUUUGAUUUUGCAGACUGGGAUGAAGAAUCAACAUUAAGAAAGAACAAGAAAUAA